UCCAUGAUGAACGAGUGAGGAGGUGACGAGAGGUUGUAGAUUUAGAAACAGAUGGAGUGAGUGAGCGGAGGACGGGAGGGGACAGACAAAGAUUUUAAAAACAGCAGAAGAAAGCAAAGCGAAGGAGAGGAGGAGAGAGGUUGGUGGUUGGUGGAUUAAGGCGGGUUAAAGAGGAUUAGUGUCUGUUUUGGUUUGGUAGUAAAAUCACAUCCAUGUCAGUGACCACUGGCCGCUGCUGACACGCUCACUCUGCUGAUUCACUUCAGCUCAGAGUUCACACACUGAAACAAACUGGACCAGAAGAGGAAGACGAGGACGAAGAGGUGUGGAAGAAGCCUUUGUCCUCUGCGGUGAGUCUGGACGAUCACCAUGAAACAAGCCAUGGAGGACGGCGUCAGUGAGGUGCUAUCCUGUGUGGUGGAGGACGUCAGUCACGCCAUCAGCAGAAACAUCGGUGGAGCUGAGCUCCUGCAUGAACUGCUCAAUUCACCGUGGCUUCGCGCUCUACUGAAGGUUUAUGACUGCCUGCUGCAGUUUGAGAGGUCGACGCCCACACCUAUCCUGCCUUACGCCUCAGGACUCUCACAUGAGAUUAUAACCACUUUACAGAGGGUCCACCGUCCCUCCGCUGAAGCCAGAGAGCUCUACAGCCUCCUCAGCUCACCUCACAUCCAGGCCCUCCUGUCGUCCCACGACAGUGUGGCCCAGUCAGACUAUGGACCUGUCUUACCUCCUCUGCCUGAUGAGAUGCCUGAGGAUGAGGAGGCCAUGAGGAUCGUUUGUCUGGUGAAGAACAACCAGCCGCUGGGGGCGACAAUAAGGAGGGACGAGGAGACAGGAGAGAUCUACAUCGCCAGGGUGAUUCAUGGAGGACUGGCUGACCGCAGCGGACUCCUCCAUCCUGGUGAUCUGUUGGUGGAGGUGAAUGGAAACCCUGUGGUGGGUCUGGAGCCGGAACAGGUCAUCCAGAUUCUGAUUAAUUCUCAGGGAACGAUCCUGUUUAAAGUAAUUCCUGACGCAGCUCAGAGCAGCAGCAGCCAGAAGUCGGUGUUCAUGAGGGCGAUGGUGGACUACUGCCCCCUGCAGGACUCCUCCAUCCCGUGUCCUGAUGCAGGGAUGCCGUUCAGCAGAGGAGACCUGCUGGAGGUGGUCGACCAGUCGGACGGACGGUGGUGGCAGGCCAGGAAGCUGCGCUCCGCUGCGUCCUGUGCUGGUCUCAUCCCCUCUGCCAGCAUGCUGAAGAGUAAACAGAGGGAACACUGGUGGUGUCAGCCGUCACAGGUUCAUACCUGCAUCAAACCCUUGAUUCUGACUGAUAAUGAUGACGAUCGACCUCAGGCUGAUGACAAACACUCAGUACCAGAGCUGGAAGAGAUACACUUUGACGAGACUGAGUCUGAUGUUACUGAUGGAAUCUACCUGGCCGGUUUCCGGCGGAGUUUCCGUCUAUGGAGGAGGACGUCCUACAGAAGGAGACGACAGUCCUGCACCUCCUGCUCACCCAACAGCAGCGCCCUGUACACUCCAUAUGAGGAGGUGGCUCUGUACCAGCGCACCCCGCAGGAGAACCAUCGCCUCAUCAUCCUCAUUGGAGCUACGAGAGUUGGAGUGAACGAACUGAGGAAACGACUCAUCAAACUGAACCCUUCAACCUUCCAGGGACCCGUACCUCACACCACUCGUCCAAUCAGAGCAGGGGAGCAGUCAGGAAAGGAGUACCACUUUGUCACCAAAGAGCUGUUUGAGUACAUGGUCUGUAACCACAGGUUUGUGGAGUACGGGGAGUAUAAGGGUCACCUGUAUGGGACCAGCGCUGAGGCCAUAGAAGAGGUGCUGAAACGAGGACGGAUGUGCAUCAUCGAUGUCGAACCACAUAGCAUCUUGCCACUGAGGACGAGGAAACUGAAGCCGUACGUGAUCUUCAUCAAAGCUCCGAGUCCAGACAGACUGAGAGAAACCCGGAGAGACGCCCGAAUCAUCACCAACUGCUCUGUCAGCAGAGUGUUCACAGAGGAAGACUUUGUGGAGCUGGAGGAGGUGUCCCGGCUGAUGGAGGCAAAGUACAAACAGUUUUUCGACAGCGUGCUGGUGAACGAGGACCUGCAGGACUCCUGCAUACAGCUCUUCUCCAUCAUCCAGGAGGCGCAGGAUGAACCACAGUGGAUACCCAUCAGCUGGACCCGGAAAGAGGAGUGAGGAGGGGGAGGAGGAGGAGGAGAGGAUGAUUAGGACAGACAAGAAAAACUACGAGAGAGAAUACAAAGAGAGAAAAGACGGAGACGUGUUGGAUAAAAGAAAACAAUACUGAGUGAGAUAUAAAGACGAGGGGGGGAGAUGGAAAAAGAAUUUGGGAGUCAUAGAAAAUAACUGGAGACAGAGGAGAAGAUGUUACGACAUGAUGGAGAUGGAAAAGUGAGAGACUGAGGGGGUUAUUCAAAGAAAAUAUUACCUGUCGUCUUUUAAAAUUGUCACCAAAACUGUCAAAUAAAAUGACUUUUAGUUUGAACAGAUAAAACCUCAGAGGCGAGACAAGUGUGGAGGAAGAAUUUCACCUCGCUGGUUGAGUUUAACUCCAAAGAGGAGUCAGAGGUAUUCUCUCUGUAUUUAUUACCUCCACCAAGGAGGUCAUGUAUUUGGUCAGUUUGUGCAGCCUGAUUUUCAUUCCACUCAGCAGAGGGGUGGAAUAUGGGCUGAGGAAGAACCCAUCUGAUUUUGAAGCAGAUCCUAAUCUUGAAGCAACCGCACAAAUUAUUUUUGACCUUUGACAUUCAGAGUCUGGACUGGGCUCUUAUUUCGGACGUUACAAGCAAACACAGAGCUGAAAUGCUGGGGGCUAUUAGUGCAGCGCUAACAAUGGCAACAGUGCUGAAAGAGCCAACAGCAGCCGUUUUUACACAAAUGCUCAAGAUAGAUUGAUACUUGUGCGUCAGCUCUAUGCAGAGCCUACGCACGCCGUUGUGAGCAUUUAUACUUGUGCGGUGGUGUGU